AUGUCUUCUCACCAUUCACCGUACGACACUCUCGAAACAGCAUCUCACUCUACCCCAGGACAUGAAUCUCAAUCUUCAAAACGAAAACACUCAACUUCAGGCCGGGAAUAUGGUUUGAUGCGCGACACAGGAGAGCAUGACGCCGCUCGUUUCGUAGGAAGUGGCAGUGGAAUUCACUAUAUCCGUGCCGUGCACUUAAGGCUCGCCAAGAAAUCUGCCUCAAGAACAGAAUCUUCAACUAUCAACACGCUUAUCCCUGGAGAAGAUGAUCAAUUACGACAGGGCGCUUCGAGUAAAAGAAAUCAAGAACAGUUUCUAUGGAACGACGAUGAAGUCUGCGCGGACAAAGAAGAGCUGCCAGAGUUUCAAGAUUUCGUGGACUGGUCCAAGAGUUAUUUCGAGGCAUGGCAUCCAGUUCUUCCCUUUCUACAUGGCCCAGAAGUUCUAGGCUUAUUUGAAGAGAUUUCUAAAGGCGACAUCUCUUCCUUGAAUCCUAUCGACAAAGUUAUCGUCAAAUCUAUCCUCUCCAUCUCAUUGGCCGAUAGUCGUCAGUCUAUCACUUUUAAGAAACCAAUUCCAAAACAGUGCCUUUUCAACAGCGUCGAUGAUGCACUAGCAAGCUCACAAUUCGCCCUGAAUCAGCCUGCAUCACUCCGAACAACACAAGCUGCUCUAGCUAUUCAGUUAUUCUUGACUUCGAUGCUGUGUCUGAACGCUGCGUCCAGAUUAGGUGGGCUUGUCGUUCGAGCUGCAUUCCAAUUAGGGCUUCAUCGAUGUCCAGCACGAUAUCCAUUUUUCACUACCAAGGAAGCUUCAGUUCGUCGAAGAGUCUUUUGGUGUAUAUACAUCUUAGAGAGACUUCUAUGCCAGUCUCUGGGUCUGCCACUUGAUAUUCACGACGACGAUCUCGAUGUUUGUUAUCCCGGCGAAGAGCGUCAUACACUUACCAACAGAGACGAAAACAUCCAACGGCUACAACUUUUGACCUUUGUGACAAAACAUGCCCGUAUUCGUGGCCUUAUCCUUGAGCUCAGAAACAAAUCCAUGCUACAACGCCAAGACACAGCAGAUCGAGCAGCCUUUGUACAAGCCGAGUUGGCAAAAUGGUUCAACGAAAUCCAAGACGCUGUCGAGGAAGAUGACCUCGCCGAUACAGACUCAAACACGCCUCCAAUAUCGGAACACCACAAAAUCAUGCUCUUGGUUCUUAAACACGAAUCGGUGAUAUGUCUGAACAGGCCUGGCUUGGCCUCAGACCAUCCUUCUCCCUCAUACUCUUCCGCUUUUCAAGCCUGUAUUUCCGCUGCAAAGUCGAUAUUGAUAAUACUGAAGAAGCACCAGAACCGUCAUCAACUACAGGUUGACUCAAAUGGUGCAAGAUCGCAAACACCUUUAUUAUGGCCAUCAUUCACAUGGUCUAUCUGGAUUAGUGCAUUUGUUCUUAUCCAUGCUGCUUUUGAAAGACAAGUUCCUCUCGACAGUGCACUCAAACAUGUUGCUGCAGCAAAGAGUAUUCUCGGCCAUCUAGCGGCUCGAGACACGUCUUGGCCAGAAUAUUGCCUCGGUGCCAUUGAUGAGCUCACAUCUACCGUCCAAGAGCUCUCUCAAGACCGGCCUUGUAUGAUCGAAUCACCUGCCGACGCUUCCAUCACGACAAGAACUUUCUCUCCUGGUAUUCCGCAACAACGAGGAGGUGAUACCGCCACACCCUCAAGGCCUCCAAGGUCUUUGAAUCAAGAUCUCGCAACAGGCUCAAGGGUCGCUAUUGGAAGUAGAGACACAGAACGGUCUACCACAUCAAACCCUUCUUCCAACGUCGCAGCCUUCACACCACGAUCUUCAUCUCCCCGAUCACAACAGCGUAAACGCCAGCGGACAUUUCCAUCUGCUACAGCCAUAUCUCACGGCAUGCCUUAUCACCAUCAGGAAAACCCCCACGGCCCUUAUAUGAGUGACUUACUCUCUACACCAAACACUUCAUUGCCACUGGAAGGGUCGGCAUACCCACAGUUAGACAAUGUGCCCCUUGAAGGUCAAGAGUCAAUGAUGUGGUAUGACCAGCUCUUUGCAAGCUCAUUCAGUGCUAUCGACAAUCCAUUCCUCGUUCAUGCAGAAUUUGAUGCUUCUGUUGAUCCAACGUGCAAUUAUCUACGCUAG